CCUCAUAUAGCGGCGGGCGGCCGGGCCUGCGCUCCGCGUCCGCGCCCGGUAUGUUCGCGGGGGCGCCGGCCGCCCGCGGGCUCCUGCGGCUGCUGCUGCCGCUCCUGCCGCUGCCUCAGGUGACGCCGGGCUCCUCGGCCGGCAGCUGCGACCCCUCGGACCAGUGCCCGCCCCCCGCCCGCUGGAGCAGCCUGUGGCACGUGGGGCUCGUCCUGCUCGCCGUGCUGCUGCUGCUGCUGUGCGGGGUCACGGCCAGCUGCGUGCGCUUCUGCUGCCUCCGCAAGCGGGCCCACGCCCAGCGCCUGCCCCCCGCACCUCCGGCCUGCGACCUGGCGCUCCUCCCCGGGGACAGCGACAGCCCGGCACACAGCACCGUGACCUCCUACAGCUCCGUGCAGCACCCGCUGGGCAUGCGGCUGCCCCUGCCCUUCCCGGAGCUGGACCUGGACGCCAUGACCCCUCCCGCCUACAGCCCGGUCUACACCCUGGAGCUGCCUCCCUCCUACGACGAGGCUGUCAGGAUGGCCAAACCCGGACAGGAAGAGCCGCCUCCGCCGUAGCCUCGGGCCCGGGACCCCGGAAGGGCGGGGGAGCGGAGCCUCCAAGCCCAGCACCCCCAGCUGUCACCCUGGUGUCUCUCAGAGGGGGUGGGGAAGGUCUCCCAAUGCCACCAGCCACCCUGUGCACCCAGGGGACCCCCAGCACCCUCCCCAUCCUUCCCCCGGGAAGGCCGGACGUCCAGCACAUUGCUGCAGCCCUGGCCUCGUUGCUAUGCAACUCCAGGCAGACACACACACACACACACACACACACACACACACACACACGUCGCUACAUCCAGCCCCUGGCCCGGGCCCAGCAGGCCCUCUGCCCUAAGGGAGUCCCACGGGUCUGAGCCUCCACAGCUUUUUGGAGAAUAAAAUUUGUAUCGAAGUGG